AAUCUCUCUUAAGGAUGUAAAGCCCAUGAGACCAUGGACCCACCUGGAGGAAACGCUGCAUCCCUUUGGCCACAUCCAUCUAGCAAGCAGACAGUGUGGUGGGGGAAUUAAAGUGACACAGCUAUAUUCUGUGAAAGUAAAGCAGAGCAGCUCACAAGGGUAAGAUCUUUAAAGGGGGAGUAGCCUUUUUAUAGACAAGCCUCAUUGAGUAUCCUCUUCAGAGUUCUAUAGCCUCAAAGAAGACAGGAGUUAAUUUGUGGAUAACCUAUAAUUUAUCUCUAACCCUUUGGACAGGGGCAUGCUUUGUGUCUAAGCUUUUUUCCUUUCUGUUUGAACAAGCAUCUCAUGCAGAGGGCACUUCUCCACACAGCGCACUUGGAAAGCGACCCAAAGGCAUCUUGAAAUAGAAAUUCAAAAGGAGGAGGAAGAGGAGGAGGAGAGAAAGGAGGGGGCUUUAGAGCGAGAGCAUUGGUAUUCCAGGCUCAAAACCUAGCAUGGCUGUGCAGAAGAAACACUGUGACAUCCCUCCAUCACAGGGACCACUUUCUACACGUAACAUCGAGAGCCAGCAGAAGAGGAAUGGAUUUAAAAGAACAGACAAUGGUGGUUAUAUCAAACCAAAUUCAGAGGGAAAGAAAACCGCCUGUUCUGUCAACAAGGCUGCCGAAAUCUGUAACAAAGCCACUCCACGGGCCGCUGCAGUGGCUAAUGGACCAAAUGUUGAUGAGAGGCUGAAAGCGGCACGGAAAAGAAGACAGGAGCACCAGAAGUUACUUGCAUCUCGGGAACAGGACAGGCUGGAGCGGGAGCAGAGGGCCAGGCAAUAUUAUGAACAACAACUGCAGGAGCGCAAGAAGAAACUCCAGGACCAGAGGCUCAGAGAGGAGCGGAAGCGUGCUGCUGUGGAAGAGAAGCGCAAGCAGAGACUAAAGGAGGAGAAAGAGCGAUAUGAGUCUGCAGUGCGUAGGACAGUGGAGAAGAGCCAAAAGGUCCAGAGUCUCAGUCAAUACGCAAGAGGAAGGAAGCUCACCAAAAAUAUUCCACGUCGUCUGCCACUGACAACAUGGGAGAAGAACUUGGUUAAUCGCCUGCUUACCCCUACGUACUCUUAUCUGGCCAGGAGCAAGAGUGCUGGUUGUCAGUCAGGAGACCAAGUUUCAUUCCACUCCAUGAAUUCCACCACCACCCCUCACAAACCCCAGCACCACUCUGGAUCAGCCCACCACCGGCCAUCUGCCUCCCCCAGUCCCAACAACAGCCAGCACAGAAGCAUCUAUCUGGCGCAGAUCCCUACAGCAAGACAGCAAGAUACCAAUAAGAAGAACCUAAAUACCAGAUCUCCUGCCGUCAACACCAGUUUGAAACCAGCCAAAGUUACACAGAGCAGAGCAACCUCUCCCUCACCUAAACGGACCCUCCAAAGAUCGGUCAGCAGACAUUCAACCCCGCUGCAGCUCGAGCUCCCGCCGGUCCCUGAAGAAGAGGUUGCUCUUUGUAGUUCUGCCCUCUCUCCUGGUAACUCAAGGCCUGUCAGGACAUCACAUGAAGGUCAGCAUGAGAAAACGAGGGACGAAAAUCCACCAGAGGCUCCAUGUUUGGACCUGCCCAACAAAAAGUCAGCAGCUACAACCCCAACCGCUGCAAAAUAUAGAAGUCCUCCCCAAACGCCUCCUCAUCCAGCUCCACAGCCUUCUGAAGUAAUUUGCAAGCCUUCGGCUGGGACUACAGACCCAGGGGAGGCCUCACGUCUCCUGGCUGAAAAGAGGAGAGAGGCCCGACUACAACGGGAGAGAGAGGAACAGGAGCGCCUGCAAAGAGAGGAGGCCGAAAGGCGGAGUUGUGACGAACUGGAACGCAAGAGGGCAGAUGAGCGAGCUCGACAGCAGGCCGAGGCUCAGCGUCUCAUAGAGGAGAAGAUGAGAAGGGAGGAAGAGGAGCAUAGAAAAGCCGAGGAAGAAAGAGCUCAGGCGAUGAGGGAAGCCACCCUUCUGCAGAAACAGAGAGAGGAGGAACAAGCCAGAGAAAAGGAAAAAGCAGAGCAAAUAAAACAAGAACGAGAAAUACUUGCACAGAAAGAGGAGGCGGCGCGCCAAGCAAGAAAGAAGCGACUUGAGGAGAUCAUGCGGAGAACCAGAAGGACAGAUUCUCCUGAUACGAAAUCUGUACCAGUGAAGAUUUUGCCAAAUGAAGCCCAACCAAAGGAAAACACAGAGCCUGUGCACAAUGGCACCAUAGAAGAUGUUGUCAAGCUGCCAGUGGGGAUGAAAACCUCCCAGCUGGGGCUGAACGAGGAGGACAUGGUACCUGUCGUGGCCUUCAAAGAACGCAGGUCGCUCAGGACUCUCACAGGCCUGGAGGAAAUCCAGACCCACCAACGAGCAGAGGUCAUCUGAGCACCUGUGAAGUGGGCAGACGUUUCAGGACUUUGUUGGAGAGCUGUGAUUUCUCUGUGAAACACAGGAGUUACUGCAGUACAGCCAUCAUGCUGCCCGUCGGCACCUUGAAAGAGCAUGUAAGAUUCCAGCCUUGCCUCUCACCGAGGAUGUCAGCAUUUGGUCACUUUCUUGUGUGUAACCAGUGGCACAAAUAUUGUUAAGUUAUUUAUUACUUUCUUCAGUACAGCAGGUUUCUGAACUUAUAAUGACUAUCAAAAAACCAGUAGAUGUGGUAAUAAUAGUUUGCUGGUGAGUGUUGCCUCUGUACAGAUACUAGGAAUAGCCAUUCUAACAAUCACAACAUAUGUUUUUGCUUUUUGCUUAUUCCUGAUAUGUCUUGCAAUCUAAGCACUUUUUCCUCCUCAGUUUUGUCACUGUGGAAUUAGUAUUGCUCGAGUGGCGGUUUGCCCUAAGAACACAAGAUUUUAGGUUGUUGGUGAAAGUUCCUAUCAUGAAUUAAUUCCUAGUUGAACCUUUAUUUUGUGAAGAAUAGCAAUCACAAAUUUCAACGCUGCUAAGGAAAUUCGUUUCCAAAGACUUUGCUUUAGUUUUGUGAGUGUUGCUUUAGAGAAUACAAUGCACAAAGCCUUUAUUGCACUUGACAGUUGCUUUGUUAGAUAUUGCGCAACCACUUUACAAAGGAACGUUUGAGGCGUAGAGCUUAAGUAAGUUUAUUAUAAUAAAAGUAUUAAAAAAAACAAAUGUAUCUGAUCAUCAAUAUUUGAUCUUACAGUUGAAGUAUUGCUUAUAGCUAUCACUUGUUAACCUGUUUAAGUUUAAAUAUAUGCCAUAUUUCAUUAAAGUUGAAACUAUGCCGCA